CAUUCCUCAAAACGACGACGGCCUCAGUUUUAAGAGAGCCAUCACUCUCACCUGUCGCCGGCCACCCAUAAUUGCCUCCUUCCCAACGCCACCGCCACCAACUAACUUCGCCGUCGAAGAUGAUAGCCUACCUGGAGCACUUCGUUCACGGAACUGACAAAGAAUCGAGGCCCGACGAUGACUUCGUCGGCCUCUCCCAAGCGCUUGACCUCCAAGGCACCAUCCCCUGUGCACCCAACGGCAUGGCCAGUAAAGAUUUCGGAGGCUUGCAGUCCGUGAAGCCCUUGGCCCUCAUCAGACCCGCCGCCGCCGACGACAUCUCUCGGGUCGUCAAAGCAGCGGCUCGGUCGUCGAAUCUGACGAUUGCUGCGCGGGGCAACGGGCACUCGAUAAACGGCCAGGCUAUGGCCGAUCAAGGCAUCGUCCUGGACAUGCGCAGCAUGGAGGAGAAUUUUCGCGUGAUGUGGAUUAAUGGCUUGGCCUACGUCGACGUCUCGGGAGGGGCAUUAUGGGAAGACGUCCUGAAAUGGUGCGUACCGGAGCUUGGCUUGGCCCCAAGGUCGUGGACGGAUUAUCUGGGGUUAACGGUUGGGGGAACGCUUUCUAAUGCCGGGGUCAGCGGUCAAACCUUCCGUUACGGUCCUCAAACUUCGAACGUAACGGAAUUGGAGGUUGUAACUGGAAAAGGCGAUACGUUGGUGUGCUCCGAAACCGAAAAUUCGGAACUUUUCUUUGCGGCGUUGGGUGGUCUGGGUCAGUUCGGCAUCAUCACCAGGGCCAGGGUUGUGCUUCAACAAGCACCAGAUAUGGUGAGAUGGAUAAGGCUAGUCUACUCUGAAUUUGAAGACUUCACUAGAGAUGCCGAGUCACUGGUAACUCGUCAAGAAGACGACCCUUUCGAUUACGUGGAAGGGUUCGUAUUUGUGAACGGAGACGACCCUUCCAGCGGGUGGCCCACAGUACCAUUGGACCCGGACCAAGAAUUCAACCCGAACCACAUCCCUCCCACCGCUGGCCCCGUCCUUUACUGCCUCGAGCUCGCUCUUCAUUAUCGUAAUUCAGACCGCCCUACAGAUGUCGAUGCGGGUGUGGAUAGAUCACUUCGACGGCUGCGAUUCCUCCGGCCUUUCAAGUUCCAGGUGGACGUGGGCUACACCGAGUUCUUGCUACGUGUUAAGCGUGCGGAGGAAGAUGCUAAGGCCAACGGCAUCUGGGACGCCCCUCACCCCUGGCUCAACCUCUUCGUAUCUAGCCACAACAUCGUUGAUUUUGAUCGUGUGGUCUUCAAGGGCGUCCUCAGUCAAGGAGUGGGUGGACCCAUCCUGGUCUACCCUCUCUUGCGAAGCAAGUGGGAUUCUCGCACGUCGGUGGCGUUGCCGGAGAGCGACAUCUUCUACAUUGUGGCGCUGCUCCGAUUUAACCCGCCGCCGCCGAAAGGGCCGGCCCCGGAGUUGCUGGUGGCUCAAAACCAAGAGAUCAUUCAGUUCUGCUGCAGCAGAGGGUUUGAUUUCAAGCCAUACCUUCCGCACUACAAGUGUCAGGAGGAUUGGAAGCGACAUUUUGGGAAUCAAUGGACCAGAUUCGUGAGCAGAAAGACCUGUUUUGAUCCCUUGUUUAUCCUCGCACCUGGACAGAAAAUAUUCUCCAGAAACCCCCAACCUUAGCCAUCAUCGACGACAAUUGACCUCGUUCUCAUCCAUUUGUAGUUUUUGUUUUCAUUUAGAUUUUUCCCCCACCCCCUUUUUGUUGCCAGCCGCACCAAAGAGUCAUAAAAUGUUGUAAAGGAAUAUUAUUAUGGGCUAAAUGAAGAAUAUUGAAUUUUGGUCUUU